AAAUAAGUCCAUCAUUCAACCACAAGAAACGAGGUAUCAAGCCAUGAUCUUUCUCCCGAAACGUGAUCAUAAUCAUAAUCAUAAUCAUAUGAUGAUGAUGUUCAAUUGUCUAAAUAAUUGUUUAUAUCUAAUUCAUCUCAUUAUCUUUAGAGAAGAGGGCAUAACUCAAAACACAAGAGAGAUGUUAAAAUGUCAUCCAUUCUACAACUUAGACAAACAAACGAACAAAAAUGAGAAGAAACAAUGACAAGAGAUACGUUAAAAUAAUCACACUAACAACAAACACCCUUUUCAUGGUAUAACCUAACACAUCACAUAGUACUGUACCAUCUAUAUUAUACAUAUAUAUGUAUAUAUUAUAUACACAUGAUAUAACAUUAGUACACCAACUUACAAAAAUGGUCCCCAAAUGCAAUGAAUUCAAAGGCUUAAUGGUUCAAUUUGCAAUAUUCAAUUGUUUCCCCAAGUCUUACAACCCCCAACCAAUUCCAAGUGCGGUUCGUCUCUCCGACACAUCAAUGUCUUCAUUAGUCAUCACAAUCUUCCAAAAACAAUCAAUCAUCAAAACACCAACACGAGCAACAUUAUUAUAAUUAAGUAUAUUGCCUCCCAAGUAAACACAAUUUCAUAGUGGAAAAUCUCAUCUUCGAUUUAAACAAACUAUUCCACCUUCUCAUCAUCCACCUCAGAAAACCUAGUAGCAUUAACACAAUGUCACUAGAAGAAUCAGAACCACCAAGCCAGAAUUUGGAUCAUAUCCUUGGCUGGCUUGAAGGUUCUGUAUCAUUCACCCCUUUCUCCGGCUUAGAUGAUCCGUAUUUCCCGCACGGUUUUAAUGGUUCUCAAUCGUGGGAAUGGGAUCAAACCCAAGACUUUGGACAUGAUCUUAUUCACAACCUUACUCAAGAUCCUAGCAAUAAUGAAGAGUUUAUGAAUGAUGGAACCACUGACCCGGUAACAGGAGCUCCUGUCAUUGUUCCGGAUCCUCCACCAGAGCCGCCGCAACCGAGCGAUCAGUCCAGAAAAAGGAACAGCGAUGCACUUGUGGACGUUAGGGCAGUCAAAAGACCAGCCAGGAGGAGGAGGAACAUAAACAAGUCCGCUGGCAAAAGUUGCAAUGACGGCGACAAGAGCGAGAGAUGGGCAGAACAGCUGCUUAACCCUUGUGCUGUGGCCAUUAUGACAGGGAACUCUUCCCGGGUUCAACACUAUCUCUGUGUUAUUCGUGAACUGGCCUCCUCUUCUGGUGAUCCUAAUUACCGGCUUGCAGCUGCUGGUCUUCGAGCUUUAACUCAUCAUCUGUCCUCUUCCUCUUCCUCCUCCAUGUCAACCUGGCCUGCUCUUACUUUCCCUUCUGCAGAAGUGAAGAUGUUUCAGCAGACUUUGCUAAAGUUCUAUGAGGUAAGCCCAUGGUUUGCUUUCCCUAAUAACAUGGCAAACUCAGCUAUACUACAGAUUCUAGCUCAAGAAUCCAGAGAUAAAAGGGAUCUUCAUAUUCUUGACAUUGGUGUUUCUCACGGUAUGCAAUGGCCCACGCUGCUCGAGGCGCUGAGCCGCAGACCAGAAGGACCUCCUCCUCGUAUCCAAAUAACGGUUAUAUCCGAUCAAAGCAAGGAAUUACCCUUCUCUGUUGGGCCACCAGCCUAUAAUUAUUCUUCUCAACUGCUUACCUUUGCUCAGUCCCUGAACAUCAACCUACAGAUCAAUGUACUUGACAACUUCCCAUUACAGAAUUUAUGUUUCCAAGUCAUUGAUAUCGCCCCUCAUGAGACCCUGGUCAUCUGUGCUCAGUUUAGGCUGCACCAACUGAAACAUAACAGCCCUGAUGAGAGAUCUGAGAUUCUGAAGGUUCUGAGAAGUUUCGGGCCAAAAGGCGUGAUUCUCAGUGAGAACAAUGCUGAAUGCAGUUGCAGCAGUUGCGGAGACUUUGCAACAAGAUAUUCGAAAAAACUGGAGUACUUGUGGAAGUUUCUAGACUCCACAAACUCGGGAUUCAAAGGUCAGGAUAGUGAAGAGAGGAAACUAAUGGAAGGAGAAGCAACAAAGGCAUUAACGAGCGAACGAGAGAUGAAUGAAGGGAAGGAGAAAUGGUUUGACAGGAUGAGGAGAGCCGGGUUUGCUACAGAAGUAUUUGGAGAAGAUGCCAUUGAUGGAGCCAGGGCUUUAUUGAGGAAAUAUGAUAACAACUGGGAGAUAAGGUUGGAGGAUGAAGAUACCUUCGCCGGGCUUUGGUGGAAAGGAGAGUCUGUUUCCUUUUGCUCCUUGUGGAAGUAGCUCUUUAUUUAUGUCUUUU